AUGGAGGCUUCAAUGACACCUCUAGAUUUGCUUUCUAAAAUUGCGUCGGAGCAAAUACGGAUCACCCUACAAGGCGGUAGCCAACAGCAGAAUAGCAGCGACCGCCCUGAUACUGAUGCUGCUAAGGACUCAAAGAGGUCGAGCAAUCAUUGCCACAAAAUAUCUUUUCAUCCGAAAACAGCAUCCACACCACGAUCUUCGUUGCCUAUUUUAAAGGUGAAACAACAAAGUGUCACCAUGACUAUACCUCGUGCUAGAUCAACAGAUUCAUCUGAAUCUGAAAAUAUGCCCGUGAAACGCCAAAAGCUUUCUCGACAAAACGGCGAAAGUUCGAGCAAAACACUCGAAAACCAAGUCAAACAUUCCCAAUGCUUGACCGAAGUAAUCAGGCAAUGUGUUUCAUCAACACUCAAAGGCGUCUUGGCUGGAUGCGAUGAGGAUAAAUUUGAAAGUUUAAUUGCAGAAAUAAACUCGUUUAUAUUAUCAUUGCAUGCGAAAGGGUAUUUUGAUAUCAUAAAAUCAGAAAUUAAAAGCCAGGAAACUCACAAUCCUCCAACCCCUGGGACCUCCAAAUCCAGCACUUCGUCAGGUACCUUUGACACGAGCAAAAAUUCUAGAAAGAUUGUUCACGGAAGGAGUGUCAAGAAGCGUGUGUUGAAAGAAAACAACAAUACCAGUAAUGAUUUGGUUCCCAUUGGAGACGGGCAUGCCGAAGUCCCUGGCAGACUACUUAAACACAUGAACUGGAGUUCAUACACCGCUAGUACGCGGAAACUUCUAACAGCUGUGUUCCCGCGCGAAGUAUUGGCCACACAUUCGUUAACCGGUAAAUCAUCUCCCGCGUUCCCCAAUAAGCCAGCCAAGGAAAAACUGGAUCCACUUUUGGUUCAAGACAUAAUUCAGACAGUCAUGGACAAGUGCGGAGUUACCGAGUCUCAAGUGCGAACUAUCAUCACUACUAAAUGUGCCGACGAGUGCAAGAUGUCCCGCGCGCGUAGUCUGAAUAACAGCAACACUGAGCGGCACAAAACCCGCAACAAUGUCACGCACGACUCAACCAGCUCGGAAUAA